AUGGCAUCUCAGCCCAUAUCCGUCUUCUUCCGUCACGUCACUCUAUUCAGUGCGCUCACCGCUAUCAAACCGGACUCGACCGUAUCGCCUGUCAGCAUACUCUGGACGAACGCAUGCAUCGCCUUCUUUCCACUGUUCUCGAGAUUCAAGGUUGCCGGCAAUGAGGUAGUCUGGGGAGAUGGCAAACUGCCCGAUUGCGUCGUGCUACAAAUCGCCAUGCUUGACCCUUCCCCUGAGCCUCGGGGCAACAAUACCGUUCCAUCCGAGAAACUAGUAUUCGUUAUGCAGUGCCGAAGUCCUCAAAAGGACACUCCGUCUGAGUGGAAAUUAGCAGAGGGUCAACUACUGGAUUACUGCCUGGGGAACAUCCGUGAAACGACGCGAACCUUUGCAGCCACGGCAAUCGGAACCAGAGCCAGAUUCUGGAAAUACGAUAAACCAGCACUCACGCCUUUACUUGCCGAUGAUAAGACCUAUGAUCUGCUUGAUGAUUCUGCUAGCUGCGAAGUAGAACAAUGUCUGAACUAUAUUCGAGAUAAUGGAUGGACCUGGGCGCAGAAUGGUACCACGCGGCCAUUACAGCUCUAG